CGAAAGAAAGCUGAGAUUCUGGCUUUCACUCUAUAUUUUGACCACACACUCUCUCUCUCUCUCUCUGUGUCUCUGGAGAAAAUUCGGAAUCGGUGGUUGCUUUUCGUUGAUAUCGGUCCACUAAAAUUUGCACAAGUUCCUUCAUUUCGUUUUCAUGGGAGGAGCUACGUGAUUCCAGUUCACGGUUACUUUCGUCACUCUUUUUCUCCUUUUAAUUCCCUGUUUUUUGUUAUUUAUACUCGAAGUUGAUCGAUCGAGUCUAGAUGCGAUCAGAGGUCAAGUACGGUGGUGCGUCUGUUGCUCGUAAGUGCAAAAGUUUCUUCGCCGAUUCACGUUUUUGUUCUGUCGUCUUGUCUGAUUAGUGAGGGUUUUGUCACUUUUAUGCGUUUGUUUCCGUCACUUGUUUGUUCUUUCUCAAUGUCAGCUCAGCUUUUAUCAAAGUAACAAAAAACUUUCCACUUAUGUGGUAUUUGGCGCUUGUAUAAUGAGUGGUCACUUGUUGAGUUUGGGUAGAUGUAGCGAAUUUGCUCAGUAGAAGGUACUGAUACUAUCUGGAGGCGUGCAAGCAGGACCUCAAGUGUGCAUCUGUUGAUCCAGUGUCAAAUUUUGCAGCAGGACAGUCUGCAUAGAGAUGGGUAACUUGAGCAAUGGCUAUGAGGACAACAACCAGCAUACUGAUAUUGGUGCAACAAUACGGAGUGGAAGAGAAAUCCUUUUUCAGGCUUUUAACUGGGAAUCUCAUAAGCAUGAUUGGUGGAGAAAUCUAGAGAGAAAAGUGCCUGAUGUUGCAAAAGCUGGAUUUACUUCAAUGUGGCUUCCACCAGCGACUAACUCCUUUUCACCUGAAGGUUAUCUUCCACAGAACUUGUAUUCCCUCAAUUCGGCAUAUGGUUCAGAGCAUUUGCUAAAGAUAUUGCUCCAGAAGAUGAAGCAAUACAAAGUUCGAGCAAUGGCUGAUAUAGUUAUCAACCAUCGUAUUGGGACCGCUCAAGGAUAUGGGGGAAUGUAUAACCGUUAUGAUGGCAUACCGAUGGCAUGGAAUGAACAUGCUGUCACUUCUUGCACUGGUGGAUUGGGUUAUAAAAGCACAGGUGACAACUUUGAUGGGGCUCCAAAUAUUGAUCAUAGCCAACAGUUUGUGCGGAAAGAUCUAAUAGGAUGGAUGCAAUGGCUACGAUAUGCUGGGUUUCAAGACUUCCGUUUUGAUUUUGCAAAAGGAUAUUCACCAAAAUAUGUCAAAGAGUAUAUUGAAGGUGCAAAGCCAUUAUUUUCUGUUGGUGAAUAUUGGGACACUUGCAACUAUAAUGGUAGUGCCUUGGACUACUCUCAAGAUAGUCACAGGCAACGAAUUAUAAACUGGAUUGAUGGCACGGGACAGCUUUCUGCUGCAUUUGACUUCACAACAAAAGGAAUUCUUCAGGAAGCAGUAAAAGGGCAGUUUUGGCGUCUGCGUGAUUCAAAAGGCAAGCCACCUGGUGUGAUGGGAUGGUGGCCAUCAAGGGCUGUUACCUUCCUUGAUAACCACGAUACAGGCUCCACACAGGCUCACUGGCCUUUCCCUUCAAAUCAUAUAAUGGAGGGUUACACAUACAUACUCACUCAUCCAGGAAUACCUUGUGUUUUCUAUGACCACUUUUAUGAUUGGGGAAACUCUACUCAUGACGAAAUUGUCAAACUGAUGGAUAUCAGGAGGAAUCAAGACAUUCACGGCCGAUCCCCUGUUACAAUUCUGGAAGCUCAGCCAAAUCUUUACUCCGCUAUGGUCGGCGAGAAAGUUUGCAUGAAGAUUGGAGAUGGUUCGUGGUGUCCAUCUGGCAGGGAGUGGACACUGGCCACAUGUGGUCACAGAUAUGCUGUCUGGCAAAAGUAAUGCUCCUCGUUGCAUGCUCUGUUUUCCGUUCGUCUUCAUCUUGUUAUGGGAUAAAAACAGAGAGGUUGGACCAAGAGCUCAAAAUUCCCUCGAUUAGCAAUACUUCACUAGCAUUGUUUAGAAAAGCCCUCCCCACUUCUAAUUACCAUAAAUAACCCAGCUUACUUAUCUGGAGUGUAGUUGGUAAGCCCAGGAUCUGCAUCAAGAUUUCCAAAUUAGUUAUAUAAAUUACUGUGAUAUGGUUGUGCACUAUAGAAACAGCAUAUAGUUAUGACUACUCUGCAGAAAUUCGUUCCCCA